AUGGUGCUCCUGGACGAGUUCUGUGUGAAGGUGUACUUCUGGCCAUUCCUUUCCUAUCUGGCCAGCAUCAAGGGCUGGUGCCCGCUGUACCCGCCAGGUUACUAUCCCAUCUACGCACUGCCGCCGCCGCAGGGACCACCAUUUCCGCCGCCGCCGCAGCCGCUCCAGCCGAUUGGUCCACUAAUUCCGCCUCAACCCGCUCUUCCGUCCACACCUGCAGUGAUCCCGACGUUCCAGCCCACGCCGCCCAAUCCCCAGCCGCCGGUGACCCCACCUCUGACCACGACUACUAGCAGUACCACCACUACCACCACCGUUUCCACGACCUCCACCACGGGAGUGACCACCACCAGUACAGCUGGGACCACUCUGCCCGUUCCGGUGCCCACGUGUCCAUCGCAGCCGUUGGUUUGCCUGCCCGGCGGAGCGCGCCCCUUGCCCAAUUGCCCCUGCAUCGAUCCUCGCCAGCAGCAGAAUGCUCCGGUGCUCUCCUCCACGGGACCUCAGAUCGGUUCGGAUAUGAUGGUCUUCAUGCCGCUGAAUCCCGGACGUAGGCGGCGUCGUCGCCGGAGACCCCAGUCCUGCCAAGAUGCCCGAUCCCGGCCUGGAAACUGCCUGCCCCUGACCUCCUGUCCCCAGCUCAUGGAGGAGUAUCAAAACCAGGGACAGGGCAGUGAGUUCCACACUUUUCUGGGCCAGUCCAUAUGUGGCUUCGAUGGCUCCACUUUCAUGGUGUGCUGCGCCUCGGAUCGAAGUGGGAAUGCCAGGAGCAGGAAGGAUCUGCUGCUGAGCACCACUGCACCCUUCGGCUUUUUCCAUUUCUCGCCACUAAGUGGUGGCCCCACUGCCACUCCGAUGGUGUUCCAGCCCACUCCGCCUCUAAAUCAGGUAGUGAGCCCCAGCUUCAACCCACCUCCUCCUCCACCAGCACAGAAUACUCCCCGAUUGGCUACUGGAUGUGGCAUAAGUGGUGCCACUUCCAAUCGAGUGGUGGGAGGAAUGGAAGCUCGCAAAGGAGCCUAUCCCUGGAUAGCUGCAUUGGGCUACUUCGAGGAGUCCAAUAGGAAUGCACUGAAGUUCCUUUGCGGUGGCAGCUUGAUCCAUUCACAUUAUGUCGUCACCUCGGCGCACUGCAUCAAUCCCAUGCUCACUUUGGUUAGAUUAGGAGCUCAUGACCUCUCCAAACCCACUGAACCAGGAGCAAUUGACUUCCGAAUCCGCAGAACUGUGGUGCACGAGCAUUUCGAUCUGAACUCCAUAUCGAAUGACAUAGCAUUGAUAGAGCUCAACGGAGUGGGAACACCUCUGCCAGGUAACAUAUCGCCCAUUUGCCUGCCUGAGGCCGCCAAGUUCCUGCAGCAGGACUUCGUGGGCAUGAAUCCCUUCGUGGCCGGCUGGGGGGCAGUGAAGCACCAGGGACCCACUUCGCAGGUGCUGCGGGAUGCCCAGGUGCCGAUCGUGUCCCGGCAGAGCUGCGAGCAGAGCUACAAGUCCGUCUUCCAGUUCGUCCAGUUCAGCGACAAGGUGUUGUGUGCGGGCAGUUCGAGCGUGGAUGCCUGUCAAGGGGAUUCCGGUGGACCACUCAUGAUGCCCCAGCUGGAGGUCAAUGUCUAUAGGUUCUACUUACUCGGCCUGGUUUCCUUUGGCUAUGAGUGUGCUCGUCCCAAUUUCCCCGGGGUCUACACGCGAGUCGCCUCCUACGUUCCUUGGAUAAAAAAGCACCUUUCAUUGGCUUAGAACAUGACACAUUCCAAUUUGAAUAUAUAACCUUAAUGUGUCAUACAAUUUAAGAGCACUUUACAAACACCGGCAAUAUAAUCCUAAAUCCCAAAUACACAUACCCACCGGCAUUUCCUCAAUAAAUUUCAUGUUUUAUGUUAUUGUUUGAUUUAAGCUUAAUGAAUAUUACUUA